AUGAUCACCCUAGAAUUUCAAAACUGCUUCAUCUUCAUCCUCUUAUUAUGUCUCUUCCCACUUCUCUGUUACUAUAACUUCUUCAAGAAGCCAAGCGGCUUUAAUCUGCCUCCGAGUCCUCCUUCUCUUCCUAUCAUCGGUCAUCUUCACCUUCUUCUCUCUGCUCUACUCCACAGAUCUUUAUUGAAACUCUCCUCCAAGUACGGACCUAUUCUCUAUCUCCACGUCUUCAGUUUCCACGUAGUCCUCGUCUCCUCAGCCUCAGUUGCUUACGAGAUCUUCAGGACGCACGACGUGAACAACUCGUAUCGCGGCUUCACUCCUACCGAUGAUUCCCUUUUUGCCGGAUCUUUCAGUUUCAUCUCUGCUCCAUACGGAGAUUACUGGAAAUUCAUGAAAAAAGUCCUGGUAACAAACUUGCUUGGACCCCAAGCACACGAGCGGUCACGAGGUAUCCGAGCAGAUGAGCUAGAACGGUUUUAUAUGAACCUGUUUGAUAAGGCUAUGAAGAAAGAGAGGGUGGAGAUCAGUAAGGAAACAUUGACGCUCACUAACUACAGCAUCAGCAAGAUGAUCAUGGGGAGGAGUUGUUCAGAAGAGAGAUUCAAGGCUUUGGUUACCGAGUUAGAUAUUUUGACAAAGAAGCUUUUCUUUGCAAACAUGUUACGCGCAGGGUUUAAGAAGCUUGUUGCCUCACUGUUUAGAAAAGAAACGAUGGUUGUUUCCGACAGAUUCAAUAAGCUGCUCGAAAGGAUUCUUGUGGAACACGAAAAGAAACUGGACGAGCAUCAUCAAGGUGCGGACUUAAUGGACGCGUUGCUUGUAGCUCACCGAAACGAAAAAGCAAAGCAUAAGAUCACAAGGAACCAUAUCAAGUCUGUUAUCGCGGAUCUUUUAUUUGCAGGCACUGAUAACUCGGUGAAAACAACACAGUGGGCAAUGGGGGAGAUCAUUAACAACCCUAACGUUCUUGAGAGACUGAGAGGAGAAAUAGAUUACGUGGUAGGAAAGACAAGGUUAAUUCAAGAAACGGAUCUACCAAACCUGCCUUAUUUGCAAGCAGUGGUUAAGGAAACGAUAAGACUGCACCCGCCAGGUCCUUUCUUUGUAAGGUUAUCAAAAGAAGGGUUUAAUAUAAGAGGGUUUUACGUACCGGAGGAGACAUCACUUGUUGUUAACGCUUAUGCUGUGAUGAGAGAUCCUGAAACUUGGGAAGAUCCACUUGUGUUUAAGCCAGAGAGGUUUUUAGCUUCAAGAACAGAGAAAGAGGAGGAGAGAAGAGAGAAAGCAAUUAAGUACAUUCCUUUUGGAAGCGGGAGAAGAAGCUGUCCUGGAGAAAAUCUAGCUUAUGUCAUUGUGGGAACUGCAAUUGGAGUAAUGGUGCAAGGGUUUGAGUGGAGAAUCAAAGAUGAGAAGAAGAUUAACAUGGAAGAGGCAGUUGUAGGACUGAGCUUGACCAUGGCUCAUCCUCUUAAGAUCACUCCUGUUUCUCGAACCUCAAACCCUUUAAUAACUUUGAAUCUGUUAAAAAAAGGGUGUUCCUGA